AUGGCGAUUCUUCAAUUCACUGGAGUAGCUCUCGCUCUGCUAGGAUCUCUUGCUCUUGGAGCUCCGACAUCAAACGCGGUUUGGGCCAGCUCCGCCAAGGUCUGUGAUGCCGCCACGACCAUCUGCUUCCAAGAAUUCUCCAGCCCGCAGAAGGUGUCGUACCGUAUCGCCAUCCCAGACUCCGCAACUGCUUCCGCCCCCUACGAUGUGCUGCUUCAGAUCGUUGCUCCGAAGGCAGCGGCCGGAUGGGCUGCUGUAGCAUGGGGCGGCCAGAUGGCCAACAAUCCAUUAACUAUCGGAUGGGCGAAUGACAAAUCAGCUGUGGUGUCAUCUCGACGCGCUACCGGGCACGUCGCUCCAGCAGCAUAUGCCGGGGCAAGCUAUACCGUCAUACCCGGUAGCACCUCCGCCAAUGAUACGCAUUGGACUUUGACAACGCUUUGCUCAGGAUGCACCUCUUGGUCUGAUGCCACAGGCAAGGCGGUCCACAUCGACCCUACGUCCACAAGUGUCUCUCUAGCCCAGGCUAUUUCGGCAAGGGCACCUACAACCCCUUCCAGCAACACGAGCGCCAUUUCGAUCCACUCUGCCAAGAGCAAGUUCACUUUCGACCUUGCCAGCGCCAAGAUUGCCGACUUUGAUACCUUGGUCAAGGCAGCUAUCGCCAAGAGCUCGUAA